AUGGAAAAUUAUUCUUCUGCAAUUGUUCCACACAGCCUCCAAAAUCAGAACUCCAUGGAGCUCAAACUCCACUCAUCAAUAGCGUCACUGGGACCCGUUCUCCGCAAAUUAAACACCGUCAUCUCAUCCCAUUCUAAAUUCCCACGCUUCUCUCCUCCGAAGCCCUCCAAUUGCUCUCUCCCUUCCACUCCUCUAUGCUCCUACGCCGUUUCCGAUUCCAAGAACCCCACCACCAACAGCAACAAGGUCCAACCCUGCUGUAAAAAUGCCACCCCCACUGGUCGUUUCGCUCAAAAGAUCCAAACUUCACGGAAAGAGAAUCUUCCCAGAGAACCAAAACCCAAACUUGAUAAUACUCAUAAUAGGGUCGACCAGAACCGCCAAAACGCGCUGUUUGAUGCAACCAUCCUGAACGUUAAUUUGAUUGAGUUGUGCGAAGAGGGUAAGCUUGCUGAAGCUUUGGAACUCAUGGGUCAAAGUUCUGUUGCUGAUUAUGGUGUUUUUCUCGCCAUGUUGAAUUUGUGCGAGAGUACGAGGUCGCUUGAGUAUGAGAAAAGGGUUCACGAGUUCUUGAGAAGAUCGAGAUUUCGAGGGGAGGUUGAAUUGAACAAUAGGUUGAUUGGAAUGUAUGGAAAAUGUGGUAACAUGAAUAUUGCACGCAAGGUGUUUGAUCGAAUGCCAGAGAGAAACAUGAGUUCUUGGCACUUGAUGAUCAUUGGAUACACUGAAAAUGGCGCUGUGAUUUCUGGGCUUAGCGGAGGUGAGAAGAGGGGAAGAAGAAGAGAAAGGGGCGCGGCGGUGUGGGUUGUCGCUGGAGGUUGUGGUGAAGGGAGGUGGCUGUGGCGGUGCUGA